GCCUAAAAGGAAUACAAAAGCAAGCAUUGGUUUGGAUUGUAAAAUUAUUCGGGCUUUCUUACCUUUACAAUGAGAAGUAAAACUUAUGCAAACAAAUUAUGGAAAAAAGUAAAUGUAUGAAACCAAAAACAAUACACCAAAAUACGCUAGCAACGCUAAAAUACACUAGGCUAUAAUACGCUAAAAUACACUGGGCUAUAAUACGCUAAAAUACACUAGGCUAUAAUACGCUAAAAUACACUAGGCUAUAAUACGCUAAAAUACACUAGGCUAUAAUACGCUAAAAUACACUAGGCUAUAAUACGCUAAAAUACACUAGGCUAUAAUACGCUAAAAUACACUGGGCUAUAAUACGCUAAAAUACACUAGGCUAUAAUACGCUAAAAUACACUGGGCUAUAAUACGCUAAAAUACACUAGGCUAUAAUACGCUAAAAUACACUGGGCUAUAAUACGCUAAAAUACACUAGGCUAUAAUACGCUAAAAUACACUGGGCUAUAAUACGCUAAAAUACACUAGGCUAUAAUACGCUAAAAUACACUAGGACGACGUUAACAAUCCAUCCCUUUUUAGAUCUAUCAAUACUAGCAGUUAUGCAAAACGACUAUAUCCUAUAAUUCGAAUUGUAUUCCCCUUGCAUAUUUCGACUCUCUACAAGAAUUUGACAAGAAUGGCAACAAAGAGCUUUUGAAAAAAAUUGAAAAAGGCAGAGCCAGUUAUCAAAAAUAAGAUUUGUUAUUAUUUGAGACAUGAUGAUAGAGGCAGUAAAAACGCAAUGUGGUUAACUGUCACUUUGUUGUUUUACACAAAGAAGACACAUUAUAAUAUAACAAGAUAUAAACAAUUUUGGUUUGUCUUUUACCAAAGAUUCUUAACUCUUUUCUGGCCAAACCCCCGAUUCUGGUACAAAUUUGUACCAGCGAAAACUUUGGUCAGCGGUGGCAGGUGAGGCCUCAAAUCUAAAGGGAGGUUAUAUCAAAAUGUUCAGCGUGCUUUGCUCUUUCAAAUGAUACCAAGUUUUUAUCGAUACAGAUUGCGAAUUAUUUUUACUGUUGAAUCAAAAAAUCCGAAUUUUCUCAAGAGGAAUAUCAGCUGACUGUUUAUCCCGACUCAGGCCUAAACUUUGUGAAAAAUGUCUUCGUCCAGUGACCUAAGUACCUCAGAAUAUGAUUCAGACGGGGAUCUAAGUGAAAGUAGCUCCGCUAGCUCUGAUGUUGUCAGUAGGCCGCGACCAAACGACAACGAAGACAGCUCUGAUGAAGAUAGGGAGGAUGAGCUUUCAGUUUCUUCCAAAAAGAAGCCUCCUUUGAAAAAACAACGAAGGCUCAUAGCCAGAAGGAAAACUUCAUCUCCAGUAAGGCAAGCAGCCUCAAGCUCAACAACAUUAGCUGAUUCAGACUGGAAAGAAGGUUAUCCAACUGAAGAUAAUUAUGUUCCAGAAUUAAAAUUCAUGCCAAAUAGAGUGCCAGGUAUUCAAGUUGACGCAAGGACCCGUGCAGGAAGAUUAUCCAUGCUUGCAAAUGAACUGUCCUUCUUCAUGUUAUUUUUUACAGAAGAAUUGAUUGGAAUGCUGUGUUCAUUUACCAACAAAUAUGCAUCAGCCCACAUUGCAGCAAACAGGUCUUAUCAAAAUUCUGAAUCUGGGUGGUCAGAGGUCUCUGUUGGGGAAUUCAAAAAUUUUAUCGCUUGCCUAAUUUUCAUGGGUCUGGUUGACCUAAAAAGACAGGAUUUAUACUGGUCAUCUGCCACAUUAUAUUCUGGUUCCUGGGCUAAAAGACUUGUUCCUUCUAGGAAGAGAUUUAGAGCCAUCAUGGCUUUCUUUCGUGGUAAUGACCCAGCUGGAGAGAAUAAGAAUGACAAGCUAAGGCAAGUUCGAUACAUUUAUGAACAUAUCCAGAAUAAAUGCAGAGAAUUGUUUCAGUGUGAUAGAGAAGUGGCUAUUGAUGAAAGAAUGGUGAAAUCAAAACAUAGGUCAGGCAUCAGGCAAUAUAAUAAAGACAAACCAACAAAAUGGGGGAUCAAAUUUUUUGUACUCGCAGAUUCAAAAACUGGCUAUACUUAUGCAUUUGAUGUAUAUCUUGGAAAACGCGGUACAAAACCAUCUGCAAUGGGUAUUGGAUAUGAUGUGGUUGUUGGGCUGAUGGCUGAUCUAACAGGGCAAGGCUAUAGAGUAUAUACAGAUAACUUCUAUACCUCUAUUCCCUUGCUCUGUGAGUUAAAAAAUAGAGGAAUACUAGGCUGUGGGGUGACUGCAGGAAAUAGAAAAUAUUUUCCAAAAGUAUUGAAGGACCGAAAGAUGUGGUCAAAGAAGGCACAAAGAGGGCACCAGAGAUGGAUGAGAGAAGAGAAUGAUGUUCUGAUACAGCAAUGGAAGGACAAUGCCUUAGUGACUCUGUUGUCAACCAUUCAUUCAGGAUCUGAGACAUCCACUUGCAAAAGAAGACAGAAAGAUUCAAAGACUGGUGUAUUUGAAGUAAAAGAAUUUCUCCAGCCAAAGGCAAUAGAAGAUUAUAACAAAAAUAUGAAAGGUGUUGACCAAUCAGAUCAACUCAUUGGUUCUUACAAUGUUUUAAGAAAGGUUAAAAAAUAUUGGAAAGUUUUUUUCUUUCAUUUGCUGGAUAUUGCAAUAGUCAACUCGUAUAUCCUGUUCGAGAAAUUUUGUAAAUCCCACCCUGAGAGAUCAGACUUGCAAAGAAAUAAGGACUAUGACCAGUUAAGCUACAGACAGGCAGUCAUAAGACAACUGGCUGAAAUAGAAAGUGGUGAAGCCCCUCCAGCAGCUGUAGGGAAUGUUUCUAUGUUUCCAUCUGGAGUUACCCACCUUCCGGUUUUCAGCGAAAGUCGUGGUCGUUGCAAAGUGUGUGCCCAUUAUGGUGACAAACAAGGAAGAUCCGAAAUAACAUGCAGUGGUUGUGAGGUACAUUUAUGUGUAAAGAAGAAAAGAAACUGUUUUUCAAUUUACCAUUCAAAGGGCUACAAAGGACCCAGAUGAAGAUUUAUGUUUAUAUGAUGGACGUUCACGAUUUUUCUUCUGUUUUGUUUAGUUAUAUUUAACUAUUUUUAGUCAAGAGUUCUUUCAUUUUAGAGUCCUCCAGCUUUAAUUGAAGUCACAAGUAACAAUUUAAAGAGAGCACAAAUAUAUCAGUUCUUUAAAUUGAUUAUAGGGCUUCUUUAAUCUAUAAAUCACAUAUCUAUUAUUUCUAACACAAAAAGCGCUUGUAACAUAAAACCCCCAUAUUUCCCCUGCCCAUAUCCCCCCUAAAAAUUAAUUAAUCUGCUAAAGUAUGAUAUGAUUUGAAAAAUAUAUGUAUAUUGAAGUAUAAAAUUGAAUUAAAAGCCAUGCAGCAUUGACCCUGAUGAACUGGGAGGCCAAGAGAAAAAACUAGUAAUUUUGGGGGGCUUGUCCAAUAUCUCUCCCCCAAGCGCAAAUUUUUUAUUUAAUGCCCUAUUUUAAAAUUUAAAUUAUUUUCUAUUUUUCAAGCUUCAUAGACAUAUCCUGCAUGAAUAACCUGCACCUGUAUUUGCAUUUUUAAUUAUUUUUCAAAAUUUGACCAUUUUCUAGCAUAUUCCUCAAAUUUUACGUGCCAGAAAAGAGUUAAGAAUUCCUUAAUUCAUAUUGCGUGAGAAAUUAAAAUGUCUUUUGCUUGAAUAUUUUUUGGAACGAGGUACAUUUUUGCAACUAGUUUUCAAAGAUAAUUUACAAUCGCAAGAGGCUUAAGACACCCGGCCAUGUAAUUUAAAGCUUUCAAAUUAGCAGAUUUCACUUGUUUUAACAAAAGCUUUAGCAAUCAGUACCCGAUUUUCACAAAAAGAUCUUUAAUGAAUUAUCUUUUCAGUGAACGAAAAAAGCAUAAAAGACUCACCCUUUGGGCACACGUUUUAAGAUCGGUGUUCCAAAGUUUUCGUUAAACUUGGCACCAUAGGAAAUACCAGCACCAAGGAUAACCUAGAUUAAAACACAUUUAGACUUAGUUGUUUGCUGUAAGAAAGUGCAUAUUUUGUUUAUUGUCUGAGUGGUAGCCAGGGGUGUUUUGCGAGGCUUAGGCCCUCAGUAUUCCAAUGCCAGUACUCAUUGCAGAAAUGCUUAUAAAAAGACAUGAUAAGCUGAUGAUGGUGACAAACGACUUAAUCAUGAUCGGUUACCAAAACAUAUCACCUGUUUACAUAAAGAACAAAAAUUUGAUACAUCAGGUCUCAGAACCUAAAAACUUUACUUCAAGGCAGUAGUUUCUAGAGUUCAGUAAGACUCGAAAAAUGUCUUGCUUGCGUUUCUAUACAAAAUUAUAAGAAAUAUGCGUACGUACCACGAUCAGUUCUGCUGGUAUGGGAAAUUUGAAUUGGUACCGCUGAUUUAGAUACUUCAAAAUGUACAGCAAAAUGGCACAUGUGAUACCAGUUAUCAAUGCACUCACAUUCACAUCUCCCA